GUUUUGUUUUACUCCUUUUAAUGUUGUUUUACAACAUAAUUAAGAUGAACAGUGGGAAUACAUUGUUAUUUUGAUAGAAGGUGCUGUCAUUAACUACAUUUCUCUCAUGGCGAGAACUAUACUGGUACACCAGUUUCGAAAGCACAAGAUAGACAAUGGAUGCCAUUGAUUCAGUGUUCGAACCUCUCAAAGGGUUCUCCAAGGAUAGCGUAAGGCUCAUCAAGCGUUGCCAUAAACCUGAUGACAAAGAAUAUUACAAGGUUACUGUUAGUACUGCAAUCGGAAUUAUGGUUAUGGGAUUCGUUGGCUUCUUCGUCAAGCUCAUCUUCAUUCCCAUUAACAACAUCAUCGUCGGAUCUGGUUAGGUAUUUUCUGGCUGAAAUUGAGGGACCUGAGCAAAAAUCUGAUUCAGAGACCAAAAAGGACUGCAGAUGCUGUUGGAUUCUGACCUCCCUGCACUCGAAGUGUAUUUUCUGGAGCUACCGAAGCCCAAUUGGCGCGCUCUCAACGGCGUUGGAAAGUAGACAUCCUGGGCUUUCCAACAAUAUAUGAUAGUCCAUACUUUGCCCAAGAUU